AUGAGCAUAUUGAGAGCGUCGAAAGUGCUCGCAAAUGUCAACUUGGCAGAUAGUCAGGCCGUAAUUGUUACGGAAAAGGAGCCUGAAACAAAUGUGUCCGAUGUAGAGCUUUUGGCCAGGGAAUAUUCUCCGUUUGUUGUUGAUUGCUUGUUUGAAUGUAGAGUCUAUCUUAUAAAGUGUCUUCCUCCUUACGAGACUAUAAAGCGGACGGACGACUCCAUGUUACUUCCUCCACUUGAACGUGGUUCAAAGCCUUUUACACUUGUGUUAGAUCUUGAUGAAACCCUCGUCCAUUGUUCAUUGGAAUAUAUGGAGAAUUGUCACUAUUGUUAUCAUAUUAUUGUAGAUGGAGUGAAACAUGCUGUGUUUGCUCGUGUCCGUCCAUACGCAAACCAGUUUCUAGAGUAUUGCUCCCGGUUUUGUGAAAUCGUGGUCUUCACAGCAUCGAAACAGGAGUAUGCGGAUCGUAUGCUGGACUUUUUGGAUCCGGAGAAGAAAUUCAUCAAGCAUCGCCUGUUCCGCGAAAGUUGUACCAAAAUAGGGAAGGUCUACGUGAAAGAUUUAAAUCGUUUGGGUCGAGAUUUGAGACGAACUGUGAUUAUCGAUAACUCGAUCGUGUCCUUUGGAUAUCAUUUAGAUAAUGGAAUUCCGAUUUGCUCAUGGUUUGACAACUGGAAGGAUCAAGAACUAUACAACGCGGCUCGCAUCAUGUACUCUUUACAAGCAGUGCAAGACGUUCGUCCCUAUAUUACUAAUAUGUUUAGACUCCGUGAAACCAUCGAUUGCUUCAUUUGUGAAUGAAUAAGUGAAUGAAUGAAUGAAUAAAUGAAUAAGUGAAUGAAUAAAUGAAUGAAUAAAACCUAUACACCACA